GGGACCCACAGCCCUCCCAGCCCCAGGAGGAGGAGCAAGGUUGUCCAGUGGGCUUCGGGCUCCAGUGGUGCGGCAUCUAAUUUGAUUUCGCAGAACUGUAGCCCUUCGAGGCCAGGUUCUCCUACUUCCCUUUUCCAGAACGAAGUGGAGAAUCUUUCAUCUCUUACCGGAGCUGAUGUCCCAUCCUUAAUCAUUCCCCUCCUAACUUAGUAAUAAUAGUAUUAAGGAUAACGGUUAGUAGAAUUUUUGAAUGCAAAACUUGCCAGAACAACGUCAAUACUGGCAACAUAGAGAUGAACAUGGCUAGACCUCGGGGAUCAGUUGAGGCUGGUUAGCUAACGAAGGGCGCCAAGCAGCUGUUUGUAAGAAUAAUACAAUAUCACAUUCGCGUUAAAAAAAACCGUGUUAAAAUAUUUUUUUAGUUCAUUAAAUUGUUCAUCAAAGAUCUUUACCAGUCAAAAACAUUGCCAUAGCUUUACAGUGGCUUUUUAAGUUGUAUAUUUUCAUAUUAUGUACAUACAAAUUGUCCUCACUCCCACUGAGUGCUAAUUCUUUUUUUCCUUGAAACAUGUCUCAAGUCACCCUUUUGUUUUCCUGCUUUUGAUAAUGAGUAUAGAGAAAUAUUUCCCUAUUAUGAGAAAAGCAACAGCAAUUUAAGGAUAAAUGGCAACCGAAACUGCUUCAGUUAGAAACUGUAGGGUCUGGUGGGAAAACUUCACUUGAAUAGAACAGACCUGGUUUUAUGCUUUGAGUCCAAAUUAAGAUCUAGAUUGCAUGGCUAGUGUGUAAUACUCCCUACUCAUGUGGUUAUUGUUCUGCAGAGGGCUAGAAAGCUGCAAGUUUUGCUUUUGUCCUAAACCAUUUGUAACCAUGGACUUGCCAGAUGACAGCCAGUGGGAUGAAACCACCUGUGACUUAGCUGUUUGUCAGCAUCCACAGUGUUGGGCAACUAUCCGCCGGAUAGAGAGGGGCCACCCUCGAAUCCUGGGCUCACCUUGCAAAACUUCUCUGGAUGCUAACGAGAAACUCCCAGUGCUCACCACUGUAAACAUCUCAGAUUCCUACUUCCGGGCCAAGAGACGUGCUCAUCGUCAUUUAUCAGGAUUUACCUUCACUAAGCCUCACUCUUUAUUGUAUCAGGGUUCAAAGUUUGACUCCAAAUUUCAAGGCAGGCCUCAGAAGGAUUUACCUGACAAAGAUUUGAUCAGCUGUACUGAUAGACCUCCAAAAAUAGGUCACAGAUUGAGAAAGCUUCCAGUGCUGAAUUUGAAUGAAACACAACUUCCCUGCCCUCAAGAUGUUGGAAAUAUGAUUGUAAUCUGGAUCCCUGAAGAACCAGAGAAGCAUGUGAGUCCAGCUGAGAAGAGUAUGGUUCCCAGCCAGGAUGGGAAGAAGAAAAGAAAGACAUCUACAGAGAAAGACAAGCCACCUUGGGUUCUCUCUAGAAAGCAGAACACAGAAACACAGUUGAGACCUCCAGGGGUAAUUGUGCCUCCCUCCUCCCCAGCACACACGUUUGAGCAACUAAGUUCAGAAUUCUUUCCUUUUUGGAACCAAUUUGACAUGUUACCUCAGGAACUACUGAAGUAUCUUUUGUCAGAUGAAGGUAAAACCAACCUUAGUCCAGAGAUGAAGACACAAUUGGCCAUGAUGAAAAAGAAACCUCCAUUGGAAAAGAGCCGACCUGACAGUGCCAUUUCUGCUAAGAUGUUUUUAUCUGUACACCGCCUCACCCUGCAAAGACCAGCGUUGAGAUAUCCUGAACAUUUUAGGAAACUACAUUAUAACCUGAAGACAGAAGGCAGGUUUUCUGCUGCUGCCAGGUCUCCAGGUCAUAAGAAGCCACCGCAGCAGCAGGAACAGCGGCAGCAGAAGCAGCAACAGAGGAAGGUGAAGACACCUACUAAGAAACAGGAAGCUAAAAAGAAACCUGAGAGUGAUCCAGGGACCGAAAGCACUUUGUAUAAACAUGUUGGUGCCAUGGCUUAUGACCCGUGCUAUUGUCACAGAACUCUACCAGGUUGUGAGAGUGACGAAAAGCAGCAGCAGCCGAUGAAGAUAAAUGGCCCCACUUUGAAACAGGAUUCUACAGAGAGACCACAGGUGGACUAUGCUGAGAACUACCUGGAUUCCGUCCCCAAUGAACAGAAUCCUGAACUGUCCAAGGAAGAACCCACUAACGAGGACAUCGGUACUCAGAUGGAGGUUGUGCAGGAAGCCCAAGAAAAUACUCCAAAGGACCUUUCAGCCAGUAUGUCUAGAACAAGUUGGAACCCUGAGCUCAAACUACUGAAGAUUCUUCAGGGCACUGAUUAUGAAGACGAGGAGAACCAGGCCUCUGGGAUACAGAGUGAAGGGUCUAUGGAGGCAUAGGCAGAAGACAUCAAUGGGGUGGCCUUAUUUCACAGCAGGAUGCUUAGAAUGCUGAGGACAGUGACCUUGGAAACAAGGACUGAAAGGAGAGGGGACUUCUGCUCCUUGGAACCUUUACCAGGGCCUGAGCUUAGGGAUUCUGUUUGCUUCACUCACUUCUACUUGCCUCUAAAAUAAGUAAGGGAGAAACUUAGAUUUUUUUUCUCUUCCAUUAGGGCCAAAAUAAUUUUGGGGAUUAAACACAGCU